CCUCCUCUCCUCCCUCUUCCUUGACCUACCACCCCCGCAUAUUCAUCUUGAGAGUUGACCCCGCCGCCGUUGCCGCCGCGAACCCAUAUAGAUCCGAGCUGACCAGGUUCAUCGUAUCGCCCUCUACAGUCGGAACCCCUCGCCUCGCAUCGAGACCCCUCAAUCUACACAGACAGAGUACAAAAACUCACGCAUCACAGUCAUCAUGGCCCAGACCACUCGCCCCCUCACUCCCGGCAUCUACGUGCCAACCGUCGCCUUCUUCUCCGCACCGGACGAGGAUCUAGAUAUCCCGACUGUCGAGCGUCACGCCGCGUACCUGGCCGAAUCCGGCGUGACCGGACUGGUCGUGCAAGGGAGCAACGGCGAAGCGGUGCACCUGUCGCGUGAAGAACGCAACGAGAUUACGGCCGCCACGCGGCGGGCGCUCGACGCCCACGGCGGCUCAUCCAAGCCCCUGAUCGUCGGGACGGGGGCCGCCUCGACGCGGGAGACGAUCCAGCUGUGCAAGGACGCCGCGGCGGCGGGAGGUGACUACGUGCUGGUGCUGCCGCCGUCGUACUACAAGUCCCUGCUGACGACGGAGGCGGUCCGCGAGCACUUCCGGCUGGUGGCCUCGGCGUCGCCGCUGCCUGUGCUCAUCUACAACUUCCCCGGCGCCUCGUCGGGGCUCGAUCUGUCGUCCGACGACAUCCUCGCCCUGGCCGCCCACUCCAACAUCGUCGGCGUUAAGCUCACCUGCGGCAACACCGGCAAGCUGGCCCGCAUCGCCGCCCAGGCCAAGCCCGACUUCCUGACCUUCGGCGGCUCCGCCGACUUCACCCUUCAGACCCUCGUUGCUGGCGGCGCCGGCGUCAUCGGUGGCGUCGCCAACCUGAUCCCCCGUGCCUGUCUCCGCGUCUUCGACCUCUACCGCGCCGGCCACGUCGAGGACGCCCAGCGCCUCCAGGCCGUCGUCGCUCGCGCCGACUGGCACGCCAUCCAGGGCGGCUUCGUCGCCGUCAAGAGCGCCCUCCAGACCUACCGGGGCUACGGCGCCCUGCCCCGCCGACCCUGCGUCGUGCCGGAUCCAGAGCAGGUCAAUGCGCUGAAGGAGUCCUUUGCCGAAAGCAUGGAGCUGGAGAAGCAGUUGGAGAAGAGUGCUUAGGGUAUUACCGCUGCACAAUGAUGCCGGCCGUCUCAUUUCUCUUAAUACAAACCAAGCAAGCAAGCAUAAUUUA